AAAGUAAACAAUAUGGCUGCCGCGGCCGUGCCAAUGUUGGACGAUAUAAUCAAGGAAUACCUCGUAUUUCGUGGGUUUUCAAGCACUUUAAAGAGUUUUGAAUCAGAUCUAAAAGCAGACAAGGACAAGAGCUUUAGGGUAGGUUGUUUUUCUUUAGUAUUAUAGAGCAAAAUAAUAUUCCUAACUCUUUGUGUCAUGUGAGCGCUGUCAGCUGAUCAGAUCUAAGCUGUCAGUUGUUCAGGAAUACAAAAAUGCCCAGUACAUGCGAAGGAUUUCAUGCAGUAAGUUAAAUAAUAGAUAGUAGACUUAAAACAUUUGUAUGGUAAGUUUCUGUACAGACCCAUAAAUAUGGUACACGAUUGCUGCAUGCAUAAUCAAAUGUACGGGGCUGUAAGGAAAUCUUACCUCAAAUACAUGUACCUCGUAUUAGCCGAGUUUGAGAUACGUAUAUACCGUAAAAUACGGACCAAGUUUUUUCCCGUCGAUUUAUGUCCCAAUUCCAAAGGGUGCGGGCCAUUAAUCGACGGAAAAAACUAGGAUCUGUAAUUUACAGAGUCUUCCGGUUCGGGAGAACAGGAAACAAGUGCAGGACUUGAGAGAUUUGACAGUAAUUUGACAGGCAUCACAAAAAAAAAGUAUUUCUUGGCUCACGAAGAGACAUGAUAUUACCAUUGAGAAUGAAAUCAAACUGUAAAUGCGCCAUGUCGAAAUGGCUCAUUCGCAGGGAUGUCACUAGGAUUUCAAGUUGCCGGGUAAAUACAAUAAGUAGGCAGGGAAUCAAACAGCUAGGGAUUUCUUUUGGUUCUAUUUUUAUUCUAUUUUCCUAUGAAAGUAGUCGGGGGCCACGUUCAUAAUAGCUGGGGGAAGUCCUCGGCUCUUAAUAACAGCCCCGAUUCGACUGUCAAACUAAGAGCACUGUAAGUUUUAGCUCACCAAUGUAACAUUGGAGUAUUUUGAAAACUGGAUACUGUGUGUAGCUUGAAUUCACUUCCUUCUUUCUUUCAUUAGUCUUUGAUUAAACACUGUAAAUGGCAACGAAGCUUGUCAAGAUCAGCAAGUGCCAGUAUGUAUGUUAAUUUCAUUUGUCAAAGGAAUUGUUUAUUUUUCUUUCGCAAAAUGUCUUGAAUCCCUGUCAGUCCAUUCUAGUCUACUUUAAUAACUAUAACCUGUAAUAAAAUUCUCGAUCACCGAUUAGAAUCCUCUUCUUUGGUUCUUCGGUGACAUUAUGAUUCAAUUUCUUCAUCAGCUUUUGUUCUCAAGUCAACAUCAAAGUCCUUGUAUUUGGGGUCUUACAGAGGUACAUGUAUGGGCACUUUCUUAAAUCCUUUUUUUUGCCAAAAGAUUUAGAGCUGCAAAAUGGGCAUUUGCUUUUGAAAUUAUAGGUUUUGGUCUGGACAGUAAGUUAUGGCUUGCAAAUUGAACAAUAAUCUAAUUUUUUUUGUACAUGUAGUUUACUUAGACAGUGAGUAUGAAAAUGAUGUUGUUUUGUUAUUUUGUAGUACUUACAGUAAUAUUACAGAGAUCCUGCUAAUAUGUUUUUUAUGCUUAAUAACUUUCAGGUGGACAAAAUAGUGGAUCAGUUGUAUCAGUACAUUUUAGCCUAUGACAUUUUGGGUCUUAGAGACUAUUGGGACUAUUUAAAUGACAGAUUCUUCAAAAGACUGGACUAUCAACAUUAUUCAAAUGUCAAAAAGCUGGAAAUGUGUCUUCUAAGACUCUACAUUGUUCAUGCUCUACAAAACUCCAAAAAUGAUAAAGUUGUAGAGUUUUUUGAGAAGUAUACUGCAGAGUUACAGACACAAACAGAGUGGAGAGAAUGGUUUGGUAUGUUGUUUUCCUGGUGUUUAAAUUAUUUUUUUCUGAUAAAUUUGCAAGUUUUUUAACAAUAUACCCAAGAGGAAAUUAUAGUAUUGCAUUUACAUGUAUAAUAGAUAUAACCAAAUUGUUAGGUGUUUUCCUUUGUAUUCUGGCAGCAGUCUUUUUAAGGGGUAUAAUUUUGUGCUAAGGCACACAACCAGACUUAGGGAAAUUUUAAAUGCACCUAUCCACUUGUUCAUUUCAGGCAGCCAUGUAAGUACAAACAUACACAUACACUCUUUCCAGCUAGCUAGCCAUAACGACACCUAAGGUUAUCUUUAUAUUAAGAACUCUCCUUACAGAUAACCCAGCCAGCCAAGAAAGGUUGGCCACACCACCAGUGUCUAUGUCCCCGACUCUUUUCCAACAGUGGUGUGGGUUCUUUUACAUCCCAUAAGAACCAGAUAAGUGAAAGUGCUGUGAGACAGGACCUCUGCUUUUUUGUCCUUAUAUGAGAAGACUAGAAAGUAUAACCAUUUGCAACACUUUCUUCUCAGUUAUUUAAAGACCCUGAGUGUUGGUCCAGCCUGGGUUUGAACCCCGUGACAAUCCCGCCUCAGCGGACGGGCACUCUCCCAACUGAGCUAACCAGGCAGCGGUUUCUUAUUGGUUUGCUGUUUGAAUUGAAAAGGUUUUUUUUUUGUUUUCAGCUAUUCCUUUCAUCAAGAAUCCAGAGCAGAAUGUUGCAUUUGAGAUGUACUUUCAGAGAGCCUGGCAAGAUACAUUUUUUCUUUCUCUCUACAACUUUCUGAUAACAUUGUUCCAUCACAUGCAUAUCCUUUAUCAAUUAUGAGGAAUUUGUAACCAGACAGUUGUCUGGUAUAUACUGAAUCAAAAUCCUGAUCUUUAUCCCUCACAAAAGCGCAGUUCUUUCUCCAUGCGAGUUACCAGCACGAGAAAUUAGUGGUUCUCAAUUCAGGCUACACAAAUAUGAGGCUACGCGGGCAUGUACACGUACUGCAUAUUGACAAAAUCAUUAUUAUCAAGUAAUAAUGUAAUAAUGAUUCAAAAAUUAGAAGGAAUUGAAACUGUCCUCGCAACCAACUUUUCCUUUCUCAUCAAAAAUUUCCUUUACCCUUGGUAUUUCAGAGGGAAGGGAAGAACAGGAGCUUGAAUGAUGCUAGAACCAAACCUUAUUAUAAUAGCCCAUUUUUGGUAAGAUUUUCUUAUUGGCGUUAGCCACACCACCUCCUGACAGAAUAGAACUCUUUAGCUAAGUAUGUUUUGUUUUCAAACUUUGUCUUAUUCACAUGCAUAUCCACCCAUAAAUUAUGAGAAGACAAAGCGUUAAGUUCUCCUGGGACCUCUAUUGGGAAAACAAAACAUACAAACUGUACAAGCUAAAGAGGUCUUUUGGCCUCCUGUAAUGUUCUGUAACAGUGACAACUUCAAUUUUUUAAGUUUUUAAAACAAUAUUAAGUUGCCCCUAAAUUGUUUUACAUUUUUUUAAACACAAUAUUGUGGUUUGCAAGCUUAAAAUGUAGCUUCAAAACUUUCAGAAUAUACUUCAGAUAUGCAAUGUACAAUGUAUAUUGUACCUGAAUCCAUUCUUCAUUAAAAAUAUGUCACCUCUUCCACUAGCUUUGAAUGGGAAACUAUGAUCUAUUUUUGGUUGUGUAUUCUUAACAACGAUCACCCAUGCCAACAAUUCUUAAGUAUGACGAGGAGCGUGGGAAGCUGCAACGAUUACAACAGGAGGUUUUGAAGCUCAAAGAACAGGUUGUAGCCCUGGCAGAAGAAGCAGCGCAAUUGCAACGUCAGAAGUCUAAGCUUGAGCAGGAGCUAACUGAGACGCAGAGAAACAGAACUGAUACUGUGGAAGAGGAGGAUUUGGAUGAGUUCGAGGUCGUUAACAGGUAAUUACUGGUAAUUAAAGGGUUUCCUGCAAAAAGGAUGUGUUACGUUUUGUCAAUUUUCAUUUUUUGGCCAGAUCGAGGUUUUUUUUGACAGGCUGACUUGUUUUGACAUGACAAACAUUGUUCUGUAAUGUUUUUCAAUCUUUUCUGCUAACAUAUGCAAAAAAAUGCUGUUUCAUGCAGUGGUGUCUUGAAAAGUCAAUGAAAAGAAGUGAAACGUGAGGCUUAUAUUGUUAUAAUGAUUAUUACUGGUCAAGUUUCCUGUGCAGUUAAAUUUGGAAUUUCAGCUAGUUUUAAGUUGAGCCUUGGAGGUCGUUUUUAUCCAAAGCAUGAUGUCAGCUGAAGUCUUAAAGUGGCGCCUUUGUUCAUGGAAAUGCAGUGAGCAGUUUAUUGAAUGGAAUGUAAUGUUGCUUUCUACCUUUCACAGGCCACAAAAAUUUCUGCCUACCAUGCAAAAGAAGCUUUCAAAGAUGAUCUUUAAAGACAAGCAGGACAAGAACAAGAAAGGAAAAGAUCCAAAACAACAACAGCAACAGCCACAACAGCAGGUCCAGGGAGAAAAUACACAGUCUAAAAUAAACAAACAGCAGCUUCUCAGGCAACAACAACAACAGAUACAGGUAAGAACCUAUCACCAGAAAGAAAGAAUCUGGAGUUGCUGAGGAGACACUCCAUUCAAUUUUGUUUGUCUGUGUGCAGUUAAGGUUCUCUAACCCUAAUAGCUAUUUCAAGUGAAUAAUGCUUGGCAGCCUUUUCAAGUCCAAAAACCAAAACAUGACACCCUAUUGAAAGUAGGAGAAAAAUAUGCAAUCCCAAGGAGACUUGUUUAUGAGUAUAAUGAAUGAUGGUGCAGUUAAUGAUAAUGAUAAUUUUUAUAGAGGAAGCUCCCCUCACAGACAUCACAUGAGAGGUUCUUAACGUCGAAAAAAGAUGAAACAAUAUAAAAAAUAUAAAAUGAUGUUUGGAUACAUCUUUCAGAUACCCUAGGGGGGCUGUGUAUUACCUGUGAGUAGGGGGGGGGGGAGGGGGCAAGGUUUGCACAGUCUUGAAAAGUCCUUGAAUUUUAGGGGAAGUCCUUGAAAAGUAUUUGAAUUCCAUUUUCCCUUGAAGGUUCCUCAAAUUUCUGUGCAAGUCCUUGAAUUUUCUUCAACAUUGACUGAAGUAUGCUGAAAAGUGAUUUUUAAUGCUUUUUGGUUGUCCGAGGCAGAAUAUAAAUCAUAGCUCAGAGAACUUAAAGGUGAUUUACAUAAAGCGUUUUUUGUUUUAUGCAAUAAUUAACUAUCAAUAAGUGUACUGAAUAAAUAAUGUAGAGGAGUUAGUGGAGUAAGCACUUCAAGCGUUAAAGUCCUGUUAGAUUGAAGUGGGAAUAUGCAUUUCUGUAAAAUUUAUAAUAUUACAUUCCUGAUACAUUGUACAUGUAGGUGGUCCUUGAAAAGCCCUUAAAAAACGGCUGGCCAUUUGGAGAAAGCUCCAAAGAUUUUCAAAUCAACCCCCCAAUUUUAUCGUAGCCUUUCAGAGAUGACCCCUCAUAAAUUGUACAUAUAAUUGUGAAAAGUGACCCCCUCCUGAUUACCGUGGAAACUACUAAUAUUCUACAAUAUGACUACAAAUCAUGCCGAAGGUCACCACGUACUUUAUCUACAGAUGGUGUUUACUAUUAAUGGCUGUUACGUUCAAUUCCUGAUAGAUGCUUAUUAAUACUGCUUUGUACCACUUUCAUGAAAUUUGUUAAAAUGCCCCACCCCCCCCCCCCCCCCCACCACCAUUCUUUCUCUUUUCAAAUACACCCCCCACACCAAAAACAAACAGCAACAUAACCACCACACACACACCCAUCAACCCCCCCCCCCACCCCUACCCCCCCACACCACCACAAUUCUUACCUCUUACCACAAUUCUUUUCAACCCCCCCCGCCCCCCCCCCACGGUAUAGUAACUCUCUCUUACCUAAAAAACCCCCCCCAAACCAAAAAAAAUUUUUAAAACGCCCCCCCAAACAAAUGGCCCCCCCCCCCCCCCCAAUCAUAGCCCCUUGAUCUCACUCAUCUGUGUUAUAAUCUGAUCAUUGAAUUUGAUAGCUGUUACAGGAACAACAGAAACACCUAACCUUGCUGGAGGAGGAGCAAUUAAAUUCAACUGUACUUUCUGACAAACCCCCAGAAACUGAAAAGCAGACCAGCUCGCUUCAGGAAGAGGAAGAUACUAAGACCUCAAAGUCUGUGCUUGCAAAAUCCCAAAGCUUAGAGCGCUGUGACGUUAGCCAAGAAGAUGGAGAGAAGUCAGGUUAUUCCAUUCGUAGGAGCAAAACUUUACCAGCAAGAAUUAAGACGUCUCCUACUGAUGAGAUAGAUGAUAAAACAGGUGGUUAGAACAUAGAUAAGCUCAAUUUCCUUAUCCUUACUAAUUUUUGCAUAUUCAUGAUUCUAGAAAAAAAAACUGAACAAAUUUUGCAGAUUGCUUUGAUAUCCCAAACCCUACCCUAUUUUACAAAGAGCAGGAAUUAAUCCAAAUUUUAAACAAGAAAAAAAAACCCAGAGUUUAAGGGUGUUACAUAUAUAGCUGCCAACAAAUUCCCCCCGAAACUAAAACAUCAUGAUCUAGUAAUACCAUUCUGAAAAUCCGGCUAAGAUUUUGAGAACUAGCUGUGUUAAGCUUCCAACACUUUUUGAAAAUGACACCUGAAAUACAAUAAUGUUAAUUUUUUUGAAAAACAUUCUAACAUUUAUGUAUAAUUGUUCUGUAUUUUUUUCCAAAUCCAAUGAAAACACUAACAACAACUUUAUUUACCCAUUUUUGAUGAAAUUGGGAGAGGGAAAACUGGAGUAUGUGGAGAAAAACCAGUCAGAGCAAGGCGUGGCCUGCCAGUUGUGUACCCAGUCCACCUUGGUGGGAGGCUAUUUCUCACCACUGCACCAUCCUUGCUAUGUAUAGUGAACAAAACAUUCUAAGGUACACUUUAGUACAUCCACAGAUAGGUCACCCAGCCUGUUGAUCACGUCUGAAAUUGUGUACAUUUAUAGCAUUAUGAAUGUCACAAAAUUUAUCUUUUGCUCCAUUUUUAGAUGAUUUAAACCCCCAAAUGGCUCAUUGUGAAGGUAUUUGCCAUGAUUAGUGAAGUGAUUUACAUUGUCUUCCCUAUUUUAAAAAUGUUUAACUAUAUGCAGGUACUGUGAUCAGACUGCACUUUGCUAUAAUUGGAACCAUCAUAUAGGGACAUCGAUCAGCACUUGAAUAAUAAAAUAAUAAGAAGAAUAAAAACAGUUUAUUAAACUCUCUUGGAGUAACUUAAUGAAUUAAAGAGUUAUAGUACAAUGAAAACUUAAUAAAGUUACCCAUGUCUUGUUAGUUAAAACUAUAUUCACCACAUCAGAAUAUGCAUCAUAUUUGUUAAAAAUACUUGAAAGUGAAAAAGUCUUCAGUGCGCUUCGUUCUACGAGUAGUAACAUAUUUACAAAAGUACAGCUGGUCCGAUUUGUGCCUUAGACUGUUGGGGCAGGUAUCAUCUAAGGGUGUUGGUAGAAGAGGAUGAAGAGGGUAGUUUAAGUCCUUCAUUUUGCACAUACACUCCUUGCAUAAUAAUUAUAACAACAUGUAGGACUGUCCCUCAUUUGUGAAAAUUUCCACUGAAAAACGUGUUUGUCAAUUUCUUAUUUUAACUUUAUUAGUCAAACUUUUGAUUUAUGGGGAACAGGUUUUCAGUUAAGUGCUGCAUACUAUUUAGGUUUCUAAUAUUGUUGUUGGUCAUGAACUAACCUGUCAACACUCUCCAUUUUCAGGUUCUAAUGAACACAAGCCCAAGCCUUUUAUUUUUCUCAGUCAGGUAUUGUUCUUGUAAGAAUUUUGGUCUGGUUUUAUUAACACAAGUUAAAUGUUUCUGUUGCAACAACAGACUGGAAGCAUUCUCCUUUUCCUUGUCAUACCAGUGAGUAAAAUAGGUGGUGAUAAUUAUGCAACUUUGCAGCAGCUGCUAGUGCUUACCACUUGCUUGAUUUGACUAAAGUCAUUUCCCUUUAUAGCGGACACUGUAGGGACCUCCAGUUAGUGUCCUCAUUAACAAGAGUCCCCAAUAGCAGGAGUUUAUUUCAGGUCAAACGUCUGUAAUUUAUUUUGGCCCGGGAUUUAGCUACUGUCUGUAUUAUCAGGGUGUCUGUUAUAGCGGGGUGUCCGCAAGGCAAGAGCUGACUGUACUCCUGAUUUUGAAGAGGUGCCUGGAAUAAAGCCUGAAGUGAUUUCUGACUAUAACUGCUAAAUUCUGCUCCUUCCACUUAGUUUCAUAUAUAUGUGCUUGUAAAUCAAAGGGACCAUUUGAUGUUAGGUUGGUUGUCACUUCGGAUUCUAUUCCACAGUUUUUCCUUUUCUCCCCAUUAAAGAAAUGUAAUAGGAAAAGAAACCUUGCGGCUGCUCACCAUCUAUAGCAACCAUAAUGCAUUCAAGAGUUCAGACACCAACAUUAAGACAGUGGUAAAUUGGAUGCUAAAGGUUCAGAUUAGUUUUUGUCUUUUAAUAUUGUAAUUUAUUGUUUUAACAGGAUGAAUACAGAGAGCACCAUUCACCUAUUGUUCAUUGUCGGUUUUCUUCAAGUGGAAGAAUGAUUGGAAGUGCUGAUGCAGACGGAAUUGUAAAGUAAGAGGUGUUAUUCAUUUGCCAUUAUUGUAAUAAUUCUCAAUUUUAACAUAAGAUGGUGAAAACCAAGAAGCAAAACACCUGGGUUCCAUUUCUCGAAAGUCUCGAAAAUUGAUGGGCCCGGUAUGCUGUCUCUAUUUACAUUAAAGAAUGAGGUUUCAAUAGCUUUGAAUCUAACAUGAUAAAACUAUCAGUUAAUGAAUCAAAAUGGUAGUAGUUUGCCUGCCAGGACCCACGCUCUUAUUCUUUAUAUUUCGAUUUGAAUAUUUGAUUUCAGGCCCGAAAAGUUUCCGGGACGUUCGAGAAAUGGGCCCCUGGUCCCUGUUGUUCAAAAGGUGGGUAAGACUAUCCAUUGGAAAAUGCAUUUGUCUCUCUAUAAUGCUUAUCCACGUGAUAGUUAUUUAUCUGGUGGAUAAGGCUUGAUCCAAUAUUUGAACAACCAGAUCCUGAAGGAAUAAUCCUAUUGUUGGGAAAGCCAAAAGCACUGAUACUGCAUUAUUUGCCAAGCAUAAGCUCCGGAUGGCUAUAUUUUCCCUGAGUUCUAUUUAUGCUGUUGUUAUGGUCGGAGACAAAGUUUAAUGGGCAUGCAAUGAUAGCUAGCGAUGGAUUUAUCCAGCUAAGGUGAAAUUGAGCGUUGAGCAAUGUUUCUACGUCAGGUUUAAUGAAUGUACAGUAUUCAGUUUUUUUGCUGUACAUAAUUUCUGGAGACCACUACCCAUUGGACAGAUAGGUGGAGUUUUGAUUUCCUUAUUGUUACACGGAUAUUGUUUUCAGAGUUUGGACACAUCAUCCUGAUAUUCAGACACAUGCAACUAUAAUGUCAAAAUCUCCUCUGUUAUCGCUGGAGUGGGCUCCUAAACCAGACAGACUGGUAAGAUAAUUAAAUGUACAUCAUUGUAAUUGUUAUCAUUGUUUUCGUCAUCAUCAUGCAAUGUGGUGUUUCUAAAGAAUUCAUGAAUAAUCAUCCUCCCAUGAUAUCCCAAAGUUUAAAAUCUUUGACUUUUACUCACUAAAAACUGUUUAAACAUUUCCCAGCUACUCAUUAGCAUUUUAAAAGAAAACCAGGCAGUUCAAACAAUCCUCAAUUUUCUUUCCAACAAGGAUGCCAACACAAUCUGGGUAACAGGCAUACUGUAUGAAUGUACUUCAGAUUCAAUAGCUUUGUUUGAAGGUGUUUGAAUCAACACUUACCAGCAUUAAUCUCUCUCAGGAGACAGACUUGAGUUUUGUUUUAUCAUGGUCACAAUUUGUCAACUCAAAUCUUCUGUUUUUGUUGCCAGCUUCUUUUAGGUACUGGAAAUGGUAAAGUUCGAUUCUAUGACACAGAAAACAAAAAGGUCAUAUGCGAUGUUUCAACAGACUCCCAAUAUCCCAGGUAAGGGUUAAGGGUUAUACUCUUCAGUUGACCAACACAAAAGUGUCAAAUUUGUGUAUCUUACUAAGUCUUAGUCUGCUUAUUGAUUUAUUUAUAUCGUAAACCGUCUUUUACUGUAUUUCUGUGAAUAGUGUGCAAUAAACUUGGUAUGACUUGAUUUGACUUUAUGACCAUCAUUAUAAUAUACUGGGGAAAGGUAAAUUCUUUCCAAGUUGUUGGUGUAUACGUUCUUCUGGUUUGAAUUUUAUUUUACUGUCCCCCACAUUAACGGAAUAACAAAGAAAAAUUUGAAGCUGAAACCAAGGGUACAAUGAUUAUUGAACCUCAAUAAACACUUAGUCUUUGAGAUUUGGCACCAAGUUGAGUUGUUAUUAUAAUACAAAGUAAAAGUUUUGUCAGUAACCCUAAAGUGAGAGAAACAAGGAAGGAACAAAACCGUGCGACUACUAAGGACUUUCUAUAGCAUUUGUACGACCAGGCUCAGCUGUGGGUAUAAAAAUGGCUAGAAACGGAGUGAAAAGGCAUAAAGAUUACCGCUCGGCUCGCGUUUUGUUUUCGCCUUUUUUCCUCAACUGUGGAACCUGGUCCUAGGCUAACUUUGUAAAGUUCUUAGAAAGUGUGUCCCAAAGAGGGAAAUUUCAUCGUCUCUGCAUGAUCGCUUUACAACGGUCUCGCAACUUGUCAAAUUCGCUACGUUCAAGUUCGCUACCUACAUAUUCGUAAAGUCCAAAAACUUGCACCCUCGGAGGGGCAAGCUUAAAAGAACGAGAAAUAUAUUUAAAAAAAUUUUUUUUCUAGAGGGAUUCAGUACUUUGCAGAAAGUAAUAUGUAGCAAAUUUGUUACGAACUAGGAAGUAGCGAAGCAAGUAGCGAAACCGGUUGUUACGCAUGAUCCUCCAUAGAAAUAAUUUGUCCUGCACCUUAUGAUUAUAUAAAGAUCAUAACUUCAGCAGGUUAUUUCCCAUUUUUGUGAUCAAAAUGCAAAAAAAAGUCCGUGUACAACAUUCCAUUGCCAGUAAAAAAAAUAUAUUUUAAUCAGCCCUGGUAACAUAGAAAUUUGUUACUUUUUGUCAAGAAAAACGGUUGAACAAACAAUUUUGAUAGGAAAUACGGCUUAACAAUGAAGGCACUAGGAGAAAAUAUAUUGAUUCCCGUUCUGGGCAGAGUGGCUGACUUAACUAGCUAUUAUUAUAAAGCCAUAAUUCAAUCUGAAAUUCAGAUUUAGUUUAUAUCAGAGAAUUUUGCAAUCAAGUGGCUGAGUUAUGUUCCAUUGUUUUUCAGAAUAGUGUCACUGACGUGCAGUCCUACUGGAGCUGCCUUUGUAUGCUCAGCGGCAGCGAGUAAGAAGUCUACCAUAUCACCACUGAGGUUAUCCCAGACCAAGCUCAGUGACAUGUCCAGUAUUUUGACAUCUACCAGCAGUAGCUCAAACUUCAUCACUGGUGUUCUGCAGUGUUGGGAUAUGAAGGCCAUGAAAGUUGAGGUAUCUUCCCUUUUGUCCUACCAGAUUUUCAAUCCUGAAAUCUAAUACUACUUGGAAUCCUGACUAUCCUCUCCCACCAGCAAUCCCAACUACACCACAACUGGUUUUCAACACACCCAACAGGGAUCCUAUCUGUCCUCAUUGGGAUCCAAGCUUUUCCUAGCCUGUUCCAAGUUCCCAGAUAGUGUGGACGACGCGAUAGUGAAAGGCACGCGAAAAUUUGGCGGGGCGGGUUCGCGCUCUCUCAAUUCAGCGGACCCUACUAUCUCGGAGCCUGGAGUAGGCUACUCUCCCGACCUCAAAAAUGACAACUUUCCCCUCAGAGAUCCAAGUUUUCCUGCCUGGGAUCCGACCUUGGGGCUGUGUCUCAGAAGUCUCGGUAACUUUUCGGGCUCGUAAAGCUGUUUUAUGUUUGCCGUGUUUGCAUUCAAGGUCAAAGUUUCAAUGAUUUUGAAUACGUUACAAUGAAACUAUCAGUUAAGGAAGAAAAAUUGACUGCUUUGUGAGCUACGAUCAAGGGCAAAAGUAGUUGACACACUUAUCGAAGACCCGCGCUUUUUUCAACAAUUUCAUUCAUUUAUUAUUUCAUUCUAUUUAAUCGCCGUAAAUCCCCUAAUCCCCGAAUCAAUGUUGUUUGUAGUAAAAGAAUGAUUUGAGGGUCUCAAAUACAACAUUGAUUUUGGUGGGAGGGGGUGGGGGUACACAGGGGAAGUAGCCUGCGAGCAAGCUCUCCAUUUGGAGGAAAUCAGGAAAAGUACACGCGCGAGUGGCACGUGAGUGACACCCCUCGCGGCUUCGCCGCUCGCUCGCGUGGCUGGCUUUGCACGCCCAAAUGGAGAGCUUUCUCGCAUGCUACAGGGGAAGGGGGUGCAAAAGGGGCCAUUUUAACACUUUUGACCCUCAUUGUAGUAACUGUGCUAUAUUCAAGGGGUUAUGAUUUUAAAAUUUGCAUUCGAGCCCGAAAUAUUGCUGGGCAUUCGAGAAACAUGGCCCCAGGACCCCAACAUUCCCGCCUUUUCUGCCUACAGGGAUCCCAACUUUCCCGCGGGGGAUCCCAACUUGCGAGCCCCUUGGUCAGUUGUCUACCAACUAAACUACAGGAAACUCUUGGUGAAGUAGGCCAUUUAUCGAAGGUUGUUUACGCAAGUUUACCAUUUACAAAAAUUUCCCGGGAUUUCCGUUUUGGAAAGUAAAUGAAACACGAUUUUGGGGUCGUUCCAAUCCAAUGGAAAAUUUCGUGAACAAAAGUAACGUCUGUGAAGACAGUCCCAUUUUUCUAAAGGCAAUGUUGUAAACGGAAAUUCAUGUUACAUUUUUCCAAAUCCAUCACUGGUGGCAGUUUUCGGGCGUUUUUGGCCGUACAGGGGACUGAUUUAUGGAUUUUCAGGGACGGAAUUUACCAGUCCUGUACUUUGUUUCCGUACCAUUAACUCGCAACGUAAAUCAAUCACCAACGUUAUAAAAUCAAUGGCAAACAACCAAGGUCCCUCCUACGUUAUGUCCUGCGCGAUGCUAGGAUCCGCGAAAACUGGAGAGUUUUUAUUUGUUUUUGUAUGUGCAUUUUAGCGUCAGCUUCCUUUAGAGCCAGUGGCUACUUGUAUAAACUGCACAGCAUUUAACCACAAUGGAACACUAUGCAUAUCCGGGGGAGCUGAUGGCAUGAUACGCCUCUUUGGUAAGUUGAAUAUCCAUUCAAACUCAGUAGUUCAAUUCACAAUAAAAUUCAAAUUUCUCAUCGUAAAAUCCAUACAAUAAAAUAGUACUAUAAAAAAGCUCUUCUAAAGAGUUUUCAUUUGAAUGGAAACACUAUGGGAUUUUUUUUCACCGCUGUAAAAGUUACAGUGUCGAAUAAUCUCUCCAUUACAGGUCCUGGAGCGGAAGGGUUAAGCCGUUGGGUUUGAUAUUUAAACAGGGCCGGGUUGUUCAAAGCUGAGUUAAGAUAACCUAGAGUUAGUGCGAAAAUUGAAUUCAGUUAUGAAAGCUUAAAAAGCAAAUUCAGUUUAACUCUUUUCAUCAACCAGUUGACGAUUGAAUGCUCUUAAAAAUAACAGGGAAAACUAUCUGAGAAAAUACUUUUGAACAACAAAAAAAGAAACCCGGGUUAAAUUUAACCCAGGGUUAACCGCUAAUCAGCCUUGGAACAACUGGGACCAGGUCUAGUCAGUAUUGUGUGUAUUUUUUCAUAGAUAUGAGAUCGUUUGACUGUUUAAUUGGUUGGCAAGCUCAUGAGGGUGAGGUGUGUUCGAUGCAGUUCAGUGCAGAUGAGACUACAGCUUACAGUAUGGGUACAGACGGCAAGGUAUAUCCUUUGGUGUACUUAUCUUGAUUCUGAUACUUUGGCCAGCCCUGUCCGCACCACUGCGUUCUCGUUUGAAACUCAUAUAUUUCGAUGCGUUUAAACCUCCUGUCCACACUUAUUCGCUGAGCAUUUCAGUAAAAACGCUCUUGAAAGUGGAUCAAAACAAAAGCACAUACGUAUCAUGUUAGUGUAGAUGGUCGAAAACGGUCGGAAAAGCAUCAAAAUGAAAGCGAAGAACGAAAAUAUCGCCGGUGCGUGUGUUUGUAGCAUGCGCAUAGAGUUCAACUCACUUUACAACGUGCAAUUCUAUCGUAUUCGAACCUUUUUCUGUGCGGACAGUUGAAAACGCAUCAAAACGGUAGGACGCGAACGAGAAUCGAUCGAUGCGUUUCGAUGACGAUGAAAACGCAUUAGUGUGGACAGGGCCUUAUUGUAAUUUUGUGUUGGUUCCCUUAAAGAAAACGCGCUGAUCAUGAUCCAUUGUGAUAACGUGUUUUCUCGUAGUUUUCCUCUUUGUCUUUAUGACUAACCCUCUAAAUCUUCUUUUCUGCACUGACAGGCAAUACUGUUUACAGGGGCACCCAACGAGGAUAUAGUUCAAAACUACUUAACAUAGCAUUGUUGAACGUAUUUUAGCAUUCAAACGGUAGAUAUAGGCAUAUUUUUAUCCCCUAAAAACUUUUCAUCUGUUCGGAUUUCUUAGCUGAAAAUCUAAUGAUCCGAAAAUUAUAGGGAUAAAAACUUACCUUCUCGAAAAUUUCAGCCAGGAAAAGGCUCCCGAAAAUUCUAGGUGGCCUUUUUUAGGGUCAAAAUCCGUUAAAAAUGAGUAAUUAUACCAUUUUGUAAUAGAUGUUCGAAAAUCCUAGGAGAGGCAGGCAAGCAAGAAAUUUUACAACAAAUGCUCCGAAAAUUCUAGAUCUCAAAUCGUCUUCCGAACAGAUAUUUUCCCGAAAAUUGCCGUUGGGUGCCCCUGUGUUUAAAUGUAAUUUUUUACCCGAAAAGGUCUCAAAGUUGGGAAUUGAAUUUUCAAACUGUUGGUUUAGAGCAACGUCAACAUACGUGUACAUCAGUAAAUUGCAACCUCCCCAGGGGACGUGUCGCAGGUUUAAAACGUCGUUGGCGGUUCGUGUCUUGUUCACGUCCGCGUCUCAUGUGAGACGCGAAGGUCAUUUAUACGAGGUCUUCUUCGUCUUACCUAAGGCGUGUUUAUCUAAGAACAACAAAGCGUCUAUGCCAUAUAUGGAGGUUUGCGUGUUACUUAAGACGCGUCUUAUUUUACCUCGUAUAAGUGGCAGGCCUUAUUAUUUUUUGUAGUUCUGUCAGUGGAGUCUGCACCGUAUGGGACAGAAGAUAGCUGACCUCGAUAUUCACGAAGGAGCCGUUUGGUGUGAGGCUGAGGGAGCCAGUCUCUUGCAUAGUAAAUACAAGUACAUGUCGUCCCCAGCCUCCUAUGGUAGAAUGUUCGCUUUUGAUGCAGAAGGUCAAUAUCUUCUUACCUGUGGCUCUGAAAGAGGAUUUGUAUACAAAGUAAGAAUUGCGUACCUAAUAACUAAUGUGCAGAUUCCUGAUGUUGAUAGAAAUGUGCUGGUGAAUACACGAGAAAGAUGUGUUUUCCAGUCGGUGAGCCAGGCGGCUCGGAAGAAUAAAUCCAAUUGUUUAUAGCCGGAAAUUUUUUCCCAACAGCGCGCGCUCUCAUUGGUUUCUUCGAGGUCACAUGACAUCUAACAAUGAAACUGUUUCCCAUCAAAAAAUCUCUGAGCGGACAACAUUGCAAAAUCUUUGACGUCAGAGGGUAACACUGCACUGUUACCCGCGAAUGUUGACUGACGACCGCCGUUACAGCGAGGUUAAAUGAAUUUCCAGCGUCAGAAUUUCCAGCCAUAUCACUAAUCACUUAAUGACUGUUCCCUCAGGAAAUGACUGGUCCCUAGGGAAACAGUUAAUUUUGUUUCCCUCUGGACCAGUCAUAAAUUGUUUGGUGCGCCAACAGGAGUCGAACCUAUGACCCUCAGGCCCCAGUUGUUCAAAACGUUGAUAACGCUAUCCCCUGGACGGCGCUAUUGGUUUCCCUAAUAUUAAUCAGCUGGAUCCAGCGUUUGAAAAACCGGCGCGUGGUUAAUAAGUCCAGAUCCUCUACCACUAAGUUACAGGAGACUUUUGGGAGCUAAGGCCGCCAACCUACAAUCUCAGACAAAAACCUGAAAACACUUUGGAAAAUUUUGCUCCCUUUCAGUCCCCCCGCCCCCCUCCACCCUUUGGCAAUGUUGCUGCACAGGGAAAGGGUCGUGCAUAGGUGUUUCAAGGAUUUUUGACGAGGAUUGUAGGUUUAUGAGACAAACAUCCUACAUAUUGCCUGCCAAGAAAAUUGAAAUAGCAAGUGCACAUCUUGGAUUUUUCGUUAUCACACACUAAUAUCGCUCCUGAAUCCGUGUUUGAUUCGCUACAAAAAGUAAAUUACGGAAUGUGAUGAAACAUAAUUUUGCCGUAAGUUAUGAUACUUGUCAGAUGCAGUGAGGGUCAAGCAUGAUACGAAAUAACUUAUGUGCAACGAAACCAAUAGUUGAGGGAUUAAUGCAUAUUAAUAAGGAAACGUUUAAGCGUACUCCUGAACCGGUUAAAUCUUCCGACCGCCACCGCACCGCGACAAUAGACCCAGGUAGAUUAUUCCUAUUACAAACGAUUCACUUAUGUCCAGAAAUGCGCUUAUUUCGGAGCUUGGGGCUAGGGGACACUUGGUGAUGUCUUUCAUGAAACAUGAUUCUCAUUAGCGUGGAUUUUAGGACAUUUCGAAUGGCCUAACGUGAUGCUAUUCGCUCGUUACAGGUGGAGAAGAAUCAAGGCCCUUAUCAAGUGUUGUCAUUACCAGAACACAAGUCACCAGUCGUGAGUGUGGACUGGAGCUCUUCCAUGAGUUGUUAUACGUGUCUCACUGGAUCUGUAGAUGGAUCUGUACAAGUUACAUCCUUACUGAAGCACUGAUAAUUUAAUUCCAAAAUAAUCUUUUAAUUUCAUUUCGUAGAACGCAAUUUAUGUCAAGUUUUAACUAUCCUCAAAUUCCAUUUACCGACAUUAGUGUUGCAUACAUUCAUACAUACAUCCUUUAUUAUCUUUCCUUUAACAAGGCUUUUCAAAGAUAAUUACAAAAAGUACAAUUACAACCAAAAUGGAGGACAGAAAAUAUAUAAAAAGUUGAUUGGCAAAAUUAUGUAAGUGCUGAAAAUUAAUCACUAUAUAAGAUCAUACAUGAAAUACAAGAAACAUCGUUUAUAAAGUUCUAUGCCGAGCAAAGUAGCUUACUUUUGAGCUUUCCUUUGAAGCUUAAAACAUCUUUCCUUAAUUUUAAUUCAUUGUCCAAUGAGUUCAAUAUCUUCAUUGUUCUGUGAUAGAAGCUUCUCUGGUCACUCGCCAAUUUAAAUAAGGGAAUAUCUAGCGAUUGUGAGUUUCUAGUUUCUCGCCCACUGAUGUUAAAUCGUUGAGUAAAUUUAGACGUAAGAUAAUCCGGUGCUGAGCUCGACAUACAUUUAAAUGCCAGAGUGGUACUUCUAAUUAAUUUCUAUUUUUCUACUGGGGGCCAAUUUAAUUCUUCUUCAACGUAGUGCGUCGCUUCAAGAAGCCUAGCUUGACGUUCAUCAGCGGGUGAGUAACCCCUUAACCCGCAAUAUCCACAUACAAAUUCUCCAGACUGGUAUUAAUAGAUUUCCUUAAGGAAUUCGUUCAGAGCAGCCUAGUCCCUAGGCGUUCUCGGCUCGGUCAUUCCUGGACUCUACCGUGGGCUGUGACGUUACCAAUAGAUACUCCCAGACUUUGCGCGGACAACGGGGCAAGAGAGAACGUCUAGGGAAUAGGCUGCGUUCAGAGAAUUUGAUAAGAAAUCUAAACAAAAUUCACUUUGGUGAUCAUUUUAUUAAUUCUCAUAACGUUUCCUCUUGAUGGUGUACGGAUCUCAGUUAGGAGAAAAUUGAUGGUGGUCACCCCUGGGACUUUAAGGGGUAGGGUGUACGGCACUUUGAUCUUUUAGCAGUUGAUCCCUUUUUCAGUUGUCAGUGGAGUGGCGAAGCCUCACUGGCAGGCGCCAUUAGGGAGCUUAAGCAACGAUGACGGCAACGAUUUCGAGAACGACACUUAAAAAGUGAAUUCGCUCUGCCUCAAACUUUUUCGCGCUUAUCCCAUCUCGUUUAAUUCGUCAAAUGUUGGCAAAUUUUUUUGGAGUUGAAUUCUAAAGGACGGUAUCAAAGUUCAGGAAAAGAAAAAUAAAUUUGUUGUUUUGUGUUACC